CUGAGAGAUCCAGAGCACUCGGGUCCCCCGGGGCCGGAGCGGGGGCGCGUGGGGGCGCUGGCCCGGGGGAUGCUGGGCUCGGUGAAGAUGGAGGCCCACGACCUGGCCGAGUGGAGCUACUACCCCGAGGCGGGCGAGGUCUACUCUCCGGUGACCCCAGUGCCCACCAUGGCCCCCCUCAACUCCUACAUGACCCUGAACCCUCUGAGCUCUCCCUAUCCCCCCGGAGGGCUCCCUGCCUCCCCACUGCCCUCAGGACCCCUCGCACCCCCGGCCCCCACCGCGCCCCUGGGUCCCACCUUCCCAGGCCUGGGUGCCAGUAGCGGUGGAGGCAGUGGCUCAGGGUACGGAGGCCCGGGCCCAGGGCUGGGGCCCGGGAAGGAGAUGCCGAAAGGGUACCGGCGGCCCCUGGCCCAUGCCAAGCCGCCAUAUUCUUACAUCUCACUUAUCACCAUGGCCAUCCAGCAGGCGCCAGGCAAGAUGCUGACCCUGAGCGAGAUCUACCAGUGGAUCAUGGACCUCUUCCCCUACUACCGGGAGAACCAGCAGCGCUGGCAGAACUCCAUCCGCCACUCGCUGUCCUUCAACGACUGCUUCGUCAAGGUGGCACGCUCCCCAGACAAGCCGGGCAAGGGCUCCUACUGGGCCCUGCACCCCAGCUCAGGGAACAUGUUUGAGAACGGCUGCUACCUGCGCCGCCAGAAGCGCUUCAAGCUGGAGGAGAAGGUGAAGAAAGGGGCGAGGAACGGGACAGGGUCUGCGGCCGCGCCCACCGCCCCGGCAGCCACUGUGGCCUCCCCGCCCCAGCCCCCACCACCAGCCCCCGAGCCCGAGGCCCAGGGCGGGGAAGAUGUGGCAGCCCUGGACUGUGGCUCGCCCCCUGCCUCGGCACCCUACUUCACCGGCCUGGAGCUCCCCGGGGAGCUGAAGCUGGACGCGCCCUACAACUUCAACCACCCUUUCUCCAUCAACAACCUGAUGUCGGAACAGACGCCCGCGCCUCCCAAACUGGACGUGGGGUUUGGGAGCUACGGGGCUGAGGGUGGGGAGCCCGGGGUCUACUACCAGGGCCUGUAUUCCCGCUCUCUGCUGAACGCAUCCUAGCAGGGGGGUGGGAAGACGGUGGUGGGUAUGGAUUAGCUCACACCAUCAGGCUCUUGGGGCCCAAGCCUUCUGGUGACACUUGGCUGAUCCCAUCGGUGAACAUCUUGGUCAGUCUAUUACUUACUGUGACGACUGCUGUCUCCGUGGGCAUCGUGUUGGUCCGUUGGGUACUGUGACAACUGCCACGGACAUCUUGGUGGCCCAUUGGGUACUGUAAAGACUGCCCUGUUGAUGGAUGUUAUUGGUUGGUCCCCUGGGUGUUUUGCUGGCCACCAUCUGGGAUGCAUUUGUGUGUGAUGGUGGUACCAUUUCAGUGACAUCUUAGACCUGUUGGGUGUUGUGAUCACUUAUUUUUUGGUGGACUUUUUGGCAUAGUAGAUGCCAAGUUGACCACCAACUUGGAUAGCAUCUUUUUUGGCCCAUUGGGUGCUUUGAUGGCCACCAUGCUGGCUGGGUGACAUUAUCAGUGGGUCAUCGUGCCCCACGAUGGCCACCACAACCCUGUGUUGGUCAUGUCGUCACCACCUCUUUGGUGUGGGUUGGUUGAGGAAUGGAGAUGACAAUACUUCUUGGUUUUCUCUGAAGCUCAUCCCAUCCCCCAGCUCUGGUCCAGGAGAAAUCAGAAAGGGCUGGCUAGGGUGAGGGGAAUCUCUACUGAUGUCUGGUUCUUGCCUGGGAAGCGGGAUACCGGCUGUGUUUGACCAUUAAAGGCACCGUUUCCGCCUCUUA